CCCGGCGUCCAGCGGCUGAACUCUGCGGCCCAGUUACAGAGGAGACUACUGGGCAGUACCAGGAGGCAGCAGCGGACCAGUUCGGCGUCGAACAUGCCGGAGAGGAAGGCGAUCAGCUGCACGGUCUUGCCGAGGCCCAUGUCGUCGGCCAGGAUGCCGCCGGGGAGACCGUCCCGGUGCAGGCGGUGCAGGAAGGCCACGCCCUGGCGCUGGUGCGGGUACAGGCGGAGGUAGAGGGGCCGGUAGAGCAGGAGGCCGGAGCCGGGCAGGGCGGUGAACUCAUCCUCCUCAUCCUGACCUUCCUCCUCCUCCCCGCCCUGAGCCUCGAUUUCCUGCAGCACCUUCUCCAGCCUCUCGAUCCUCCGGGACACCUUGCUGCUGCUAGGCCACACAGCCUGGGCCUCGCGUAGGAUCUGUACGGCGUGCCUCAGCGCCCCGGACCGGGCCUCCUCCUUGGCACGCUUCAGGAGCUCCUGGUACCGGCAGAGGCGCUGGGGCGAGAGCUGGGAGCCGUCCUCCAUCUCAAGCUCCGUCCGGCUGCCCACCACCACCGCCAUGACCGUCCGCAGCGCCGCCGACCAACGGCCCUUCCCGCCACAAAAUUCAAACCUGACCACGUGAUCGCAUGAGGCACCGCCCCUUAAGGCAGCCACGCCCUCCACCAGCGCGGAUAGCCUCGACCCUAGCGCACAGCCACGCCCCUUCACUGGAAGUCCCGCCUUCCCAAUCGCGCAGCACCGCCCCUUCAAGGGAACCCCGCCUCUUCGUGCGAUGCCGCAUCCGCCACCCACUCAGGACGGCCUCCACACGGAGUCCCGCCCACAUGCCGCACAGCUCGGCCCCUUCAUUGCGAACCACGCCCUCCGCACGCGGCUCCGCCCCUUCAUCGGGAACCACGCCCUCCAGCCGUACAGUUGCCAGGUAACAGGUGAACCUCGAUCAGUUACUGAACCAGUCCGUGUUCGCAUGCAACAAGACCUCGACAAUAUGAAGGCUUGGGCAGACAAGUGACAUGCACACCACACAAGGACCAUCACCAAUAAGAGACAAUCUAACCACAGACCCUUCACAUUUAAUGGUGUUACCAUCACUGAAUCCCCCACUUUCAACAUUGUGGGGGUUACAAUUGACCAGAAACUCAACUGGACUCACCACAUAAACACACUGGCUACAAGAGCAGGUCAGAGGCUGCAAAUACUGCAGCAAGUAACUCACCUCCUCGAAGCCUGACCACCAUUGAUAAGGAUGGGUACAGCUCCGACAACACUCAAGAAGCUUGAUGCUGUCCAGGACAAAGCAACCCCCGCUUGAUUUGGAACCACAUCCACAAACAUCCCACUCCCUCCCCCACAGAUGCUCAGAAGCAGUAGUGUGUACCACCUAGAAGAAACUGCAGAAAUUCACCAAAGACCCUCAGGCAGCACAUUUCAAACCCACAACCCACUUCCAUCCAGAAGGAUAAGGAGCAGAAGAUACAUGGGAACACCUGCCCCCUGCAAGUGCCCCUCUGAGCCACUCACUUUCCUGACUUGGAAAUAUAUCGUCUGUUCAUUCACAUCGCUGGAUCAAAAUCUUCCUAAGGGCAUUAUAGGUCUACCUAUAGCUCAGCUUGCUAAUGUCACGAAGAAUUAACAAGGUCCUUACUGCUCAUAUUUGAUUCAUCUAAUCACCAGAAUAAGUGCCUCAAAAAAGUUUGAUUCACUAAUUUUCACGAACUUUAGCUUGAAGACUACAAAUACUUUGUAAUGCCUCCCAGCUCUGAAUUUGAUUCAAUCUCUGUUUCAGAGAGUGUCCUAUUCACUGAGAAAGCCAAGGCUUCAGUUAUUUGGUGCAGUCUCUCUUUGUUAACAUGAGUAACGUUCGGAUAUUUGUGGAGUGUACUCUGGCUAUCAUCAAACCAGACGCUGUUGACAAAGAAACUGAAAUCGAAGAAAUUAUCCUUCGGGCUGGGUUCAGCAUAUUGCAGAGAAGGAAACUGCAGUUGAGUCCAGAGCAGGCCAGUGAGUUCUACGCUGUUCACAGCGGGAAAAUGUUCUAUCCCAGCCUGACAGCACACCUCUGCUCUGGCCCUUUGGUUGCAAUGAUACUGGCCCGACACUCUGCAAUCAAACGGUGGAAUGAGCUGCUUGGACCCAUCGACAGUGAGAAAGCAAAGGAAACGCAUCCCAAAAGUUUAAGGGCAAUCUAUGGAACCAAUAAAAUUAAGAAUGCCUUGCACGGCAGUGGCUGUUUCAACACAGCAGAAAGGGAGAUUAACUUCAUGUUCCCAAAUGUCACCAUUGAGCCCUUUCCUGCUGGCCAAGCUGCUGAAGAUUACCUCAGCAAGUACGUCAACCCCACCCUGCUGACCGGCCUCACGCAGCUGUGCAAGGAGAAACCCUCCAGGCCCAUUAAAUGGCUGGCAGACUGGCUCCUGCAGCAUAACCCCAAUGGUCCUGCUGUGAAUGAGGGUGAAGUGAAGGAGCCUGAAGCGUGUGUCUUCUGAUCCCGGGAAUAUGCCCACUCUGCCAGGAAUUAAUCUGACCAUUCCACUUCAAUCCAGGACCUUAACAUCCUUCAAAAAAUGACAACCGAUUAAUAAAUUUCUAAAUGACUCCUCGUAAUAAAUUCCUGCUCUCGGUUGAUCUUUCUUGAGUAAUUUUCACGAUGAAGUGAAAGGGUCAGACCAUCUGAAACAGCCGGAAAAUUGAUGUAAACACAGGAUGUGGUUUAUCAGGUCAUAUUAUCCCACAACGGAAACUGGGGCCUGCAUCCACACAGAGGCGAGUUUUCUGUACCACACCGGACGGCAGGACAAACGUUGUUUGGAAGAAGAUUCGCUGUGAUGACAGAGGGACAGGUAACCUUCAUUCUGCAUGGACCUUGGACCAUGCCAACCUCGACCCCUCCCCAGGGGCUGUACCAGGUCACAUGACUAGUAUUUCAAAAGAAUAGCAAGAGGUGACACCCAGGUUUACCGAGCGAUAUGAAUCCCACAGCCAAUAUCCCUGAAACCUGACUGAAAACAAUGCUGGAUGAAGUUGUGACGAUGAACAGCCUGUCCCGGCCCUCACACCCCCCUGUCCC